AUGUUUAAACAUUACCUUACAUUGAUUUUAUCUUUUGUACUUUUAAUUAACAUCAGAGACUUACAAGCAGUUAGAUGUGAUUUUGAUGGCACGCGUUUAGUAAACAACUUUAAUGAAACUGGAUUUCUUGGUACAUGGCAUGAAUUAGAAAGGACAACGUUCCAAUGGGGAGACGGCACCUGGUAUUCCCAGGUAUGGACCUUUAAACGAGGAAAUGAUGGUCAGCUAUAUAUGGCCUACACUGGGUUUUCUCCUCGAACACAGUCUUGUACUGCUCCUAAUACCGGACUCUUGAGCGGAACUGGAGGCUCAUACACAUUGACGUCAGAGGGAAGGUAUGAAGCUGCAUUACGAGUUGCUUACACGGACUACGAAAACGUUGCCCUGGUGUACAUGUGUUAUGCUCCUGAAAUACAGGGAACUUGUGACAGGACAUCUGUUCAUGUCUCUCUCCUAUCCCGGACACCUUCACUGUCCACUCCACAGAGAUCCAUGCUUAAAGCUCAUCUAGAUUUAAAAUGCGUCGAAGAUCAUCACCUUAACCAAGCUACGACAGGUUUGAAUGCAUUAUUUUACGUUGUCAAUUAA